GAAGGAGAAGGAUGUACAAAGGGAGGCAGCAGCAGCAGCAGCAGCAGCAGCAGCAGCAGGAGAAGGAGGAGAUUCCAGUAAAGUGAUGGAAGAAUACAACCACAUGCAAAGCCAGGUAGAAAUACCAAAUACUAGUUUGGGAAAGGAGAUGAUGAUGAAUUCUCUUGAAAACGAUCUUCAGGACAUAAUGGAAAGGCUCAACCAGAAAAAAUAUUCGUCCAGUCUGAAAUUAAAAACAAAUGCUGACUACUCUGGUUCUUACUUAACCCUCUCGCAACCUCUCUCACCACCAAAGUCUAGCCCUGCAUCCAGUGUUAAAAGCAUGCCGUCUAUUAACAGAAUUCAAGGAAGCAAACCAUUGGCCUGUGAGAGCUCUUAUCUUUCAGACAAGAAUGUUUCUGCAAAGCACAUGAGCUCUUUUUCAGGCACAUCUCCAUCCUUAAUUGAGCACAGCCUCAGAAAGAGAGACUUUGAUAUUUAUGCUACCAGAGAAAAUGAGAAACAGUUUGGACAUUUGGAUAAAUUUCCCUAUUCAAAGUAUAGUCAGAAAAAUAAAUCUCAUGAUAAUGUCUACUUCCCAGGAAUGGUGGAUGGGCGGAAGAACUCUGGAUCUCUUCUUGCAAUGUGGAAUGGAAGCUCAGGGAAUGAGGUCAUUCUUUUACCACUUGGUGGCUCUGGAGCUGCCAGUAUGCCCUCCAGUCCAAAGCAAGGUAGGAGGAUGAAUAUUCAGGAUUUUCUGUCACUUCAGUCCAGGGUAGUUAAACAGAAAGAUCCAACCAUGGAAACUCUGGGGUCUAGAACCAGGAAGUACUCUGGUGGUUCACUGAGCCAUAUGGGAGUUUAUAGUCGGUCAUUACCCAGGCUUUACAAAUCUACUGAAAGCCAGCUCAUGCCUCUGAGUUUACCCCCAAGAAACUCCCUUGGGAAUUCCAAAAGAAAAAAGACUAUGGAAAAAGACCUUCUACCUCAAAGCAUGCUGGAUGCUGACAAUUACCUUAAUUUUUCUUCUCAUACCUCAGGAGUUUCUCCAUAUACAAACUUUGCAUCAGAAAGCAAUUCCUACGUAAACUCCACUCUCAGUGUUCCUGCAAGCCCUCGUAUAGCUAGGAAGAUGCUUCUGGCGUCUUCUUCCUCAUACACAUCUGAUGACUUUGAUAGAAUUGGACUCUCAGGGACCAGCCCAAAUAAUUCUUUUAUUCCUGUGGAUUCUGAGAGGGUAUUCCCUUUCCAAAGGAAAAUUUCUAGCAGUUCCAUGGAGUUUGAUGAAACAGAGCUGGACAGCUUCAGGCAGACUCCUGUCCGGGAGAGAAAGAAUAGCAUUAGUUCAGUAUCUGGAAGGGAUGACCUAAUGGACUACCACAGGAGGCAGAGAGAAGAAAGACUUAAAGAGCAGGAGAUGGAGCGACUGGAGCGCCAGCGGCUGGAAACAAUCCUCAACCUGUGCGCAGAAUAUUCCAAACCUGACAGUGAUCCUGCCACUGUCACAACUGUAGCUGAUGUAGAAAAAAUUAAUAAAGAACUUGAAAAGCUUCAGCUGUCUGAUGAAGAUUCUGUAUUUGAAGAUUGUCAGAUGACUCCAGAAACAAAACUGAGAAGGCACUUGCAGCCACCUACUGGAGAUUCUGAUUUCUCUGAAUUCAGUGAUCUUGGCCAAAAUGCUGUGGGGCUCUUUCCUUCUGGAGGAGUCAGAACAAAUAAGCAUAUGUGUGACAACCGGACAAUUUCACCGUUACCUGCUUCUGCCUUUAUGAAGGGUGUCAAUGAAUCUUCUUAUCUAAGCAUCAUGUCAACGACACCAGAAUGCACAAGUGAUGAGCAAAGAGCACUGCAGCUUAAUCAGAUGGAAGAACAGCGCAUUGUAAUACUGAAUAACCUGGAAGAACUUGAACAAAAGAUCAAAGAUUUAAACGAUCAGAUGGAUGAGUCGUCCAGAGAGAUGGACAUGGAAUGUGCCCUGUUGGAUGGAGAGCAGAAAUCUGAAACAGCUGAACUUCUCAAGGAGAAGGAAAUACUAGAUCAUUUAAACAGGAAGAUAGCAGAGCUGGAGCGAAAUGUUAUUGGCGAAAAGACUAAGGAAAAAAUAAAGCUUGAUGCUGAAAGGGAAAAACUAGAAAAGCUUCAGGAGCUUUACUCCGAGCAGAAGACCCAGCUUGAUAAUUGCCCCGAGUCCAUGAGGGAACAAUUACAACAACAGCUAAACAGGGAUGCAGACCUGUUGGAGAUAGAAAGCAAACAUUUUGAAGAUCUGGAAUUUCAGCAGCUAGAAAAUGAGAGUAGGCUUGAAGAAGAAAAAGAGAACUUAACCCAGCAACUUCUGCGUGAAGUGGCUGAAUAUCAGCGCAACAUUGUCAGUAGAAAGGAGAAAAUUUCUGCUCUCAAAAAACAAGCCAAUAAUAUUGUCCAGCAAGCACAGAGAGAGCAAGAUCAUUUUGUCAAAGAGAAGAAUAACCUGCUUAUGAUGUUACAAAGGGAGAAGGAAAACCUUUGCAAUCUAGAAAAGAAAUACUCUUCACUAUCAGGAGGAAAGGGAUUUCCUGUAAGUCCCAGCAGUCUAAAAGAGGAUUAUAUGAGUGUAAAUGACAUUAGCGAGCCGUAUGGUAAUUCCACGAACAUAACCCCUUCCACUCAGCCCCCCACUGCUGCUGAAGCUGUUCCCACUGAACCUUCCACAGCUGGCCUGAUGAGCCAGCCACAAAAUAAAGAGCGCUUCCGAAAUCUGGAAGAGAGGAAGAAGCAGCACAAAGAAGGCCCAUAUAUGAGUGAUACUUUGCCACGCAAGAAAACAACUCCUUCUGUAUCGCCACAUUUCAAUAGUUCAACUCUUGGACGAAGUGUCAAGGGUCAUCUCCCACUUGGACAAAGCAAUAGCUGUGGCAGUGUACUGCCUCACUGCUUGGGAACUAUGACCAAAGAGUCUGAAUCAAGAAGAACACAUAAAGGUUAUAACCACCAACAUAUAUGUGAAGAUCAAAGCCAGAAAUCUCCUGAAUUCUACAGCAGAACUGCCUCUGAAUCAAAUGUAUAUCUGAACACGUUCCACUAUCCUGAUCAUAGUUUCAAGGACCAUGCCUUUGACACUCUAAGUUUAGAUAGUUCUGACAGCAUGGAAACCAGCAUAUCUGCCUGUUCUCCAGAUAAUAUUUCCAGUGCUAGUACAUCAAAUGUUGCAAGAUUAGAAGAGAUGGAAAGACUUUUGAAACAAGCUCAUGCUGAAAAGACACGACUGCUUGAAUCCAGGGAACGAGAAAUGGAAGCUAAAAAAAGAGCAUUAGAAGAGGAAAAGCGUCGUAGAGAGCAACUCGAGAAAAGAUUGCAAGAAGAAACUAGCCACCGACAAAAACUAAUUGAAAAAGAGGUUAAGAUUCGUGAAAAACAAAGAAAUCAGUCUCGACCCCUGACUCGUUAUUUGCCAGUGAGAAAGGAGGAUUUUGAUCUCCGUGGCCACAUAGAGACUGCUGGCCACAACAUAGAGACCUGUUACCAUGUUUCCCUCACUGAGAAGACCUGCCGAGGCUUUCUUAUUAAGAUGGGAGGCAAAAUUAAAACAUGGAAAAAACGAUGGUUUGUGUUUGACAGAAACAAGAGAACAUUUUCUUAUUAUGCAGACAAACAUGAAACUAAAUUAAAAGGAGUAAUUUAUUUCCAAGCCAUUGAAGAAGUCUAUUAUGAUCAUCUAAAGAAUGCAUAUAAGAGUCCUAAUCCAGUGCUUACUUUCAGCGUUAAGACUCAUGACAGAAUAUAUUACAUGGUGGCCCCAUCACCAGAAGCUAUGCGGAUAUGGAUGGAUGUCAUAGUUACAGGAGCAGAAGGCUACACCCACUUCAUGUUAUAGAAAAUGGUGCAAAAG